CUUUACAUCUUGAUCUAAAAUUGAGGAUAUACUAUAUUAUCUAACGAGUUCUCCUUUACUACCUAAAUACCUACAAUACGCUGCCAUGCCUCAGCAACAAGUGUUUCAUCUUCAUCCACAUGGCUGGGAGGAUGACCCAGAGGAAGAGAGAUAUAAGGUUUCGACACUUGACUACCUAUCCGGUCUUCGUUAUAACAAUUAUGCUCUAUUCUUCAGACUGGAGGACGGAGCCAAAAGACGAGUGGCUAGUAUUCUAAAGCAAGGCCUCGAACGCACUAUUAGUCAAGCACGACAUGUGUGUGGAACGAUCGAAAGGGACUCAGAAGGAGGACAUUCUUUUGUGAAGAAGCGAGACAGUACAGUACAGUUUGUUGUUCAGUGGCUCGACUCGCCUUAUGACAACUACCCAUCGUUCGAUGAUCUCUAUGAGUCACAUUUUAGCACAAUCACACUAGGACCACUGGAUCUCUGGAGCGUCUAUCCCAUGACGGCUGGAGAUAAGCCUGAAGCACAUCCAGAUAAUAGUCCCGCUGUCUCGGCUUUUAAAGCAAACUUCGUUCGAGGCGGGCUUGUUUUUAAUAUGCAUCACCAUCAUUACGCCAAUGAUGUUCUUGGUUGGACUGCGUUCACUCAUCAACUAGCCGAGAACUGCUACGCUCUUUUUAAUGGGACUUCAUUCCCUACAUGGGAUCCUCUAUACCUGGACCGCUCGCGUGUAACCAAGAACGAAGUCCCUGAAGAAGUUAGGGUCGAGGGGCCUAUCCAGCAAGAACGUCACCCUGCCCAUACUACGGGCGUAGUGCUCCUCUUCCAUUUGUCCAAGAGCAAAGCUAUUGAACUGAAGAAAUUGGCAACGCCAACCAAUGGCUCUCGGAUAUCAACCUACGACGCAUUUUCUGCCUUUAUAUGGCGCACACUUUCUCGACUUCGGGCCCCCGUGUUCAUGCCUGAUCCCUCAUCCAACUUAUUCUGGGCCGAGGCCGUUGAUAUGCGCCGACGCUUCCACAGCCCCGAAUGCCCAGAGCGUACGCAGGGCAAUAUUAUGUUUGCGGUCCGGUCCACAGCAGCUCCAGUCCAGCAACCAACAGUGGCUGAAGUUAUCUCAGAGUGGCCACUAUCCAAAUUGGCGUCGUAUAUUCGCAAACUCACAAACUGCGUCACGCAAGAAAAUCUUGACAAGACAUUAGACGUUGUGGCGCUGAUACGGGACAAGACGGCGCUGAAUGCUCGUGUCGACUCCCAUCCGCCCAUGUCGAUUCUGCAAACUGACCAUCGUCGCGCAAAUGUUGCUGCAGCCGACUUUGGUUUUGGGAAGCCAGUUACGUAUCGGCACCUAUGGGAUGAUAUAUCCGUAGGAGUGAUCCUUAUUUACCCACCACGCUCGACAGCCCCUGAUUCAGAUGAAGGCUGCGAGUUUGCUAUUAUGUACGAGAAGAACUUGGCUAAAACGUUGAUCGAAGACCCUGGGUGGAAUAAAUAUUUCGAGUAUAGGGGGAUCACUGCUGAGCACCGUUGUGGCUAACCUGUUUUACAGUAUGUAAUUAUUAAGAGAUAGUCGAAAAUGUCGUAUUCUAGCGCCGAAUAUAUUGGGUAUUAAAAAGCUUGGAAGGCGUCUGCUCUCCAAUAUAGUAAUCCAUAUGCCCGGACUUCUGUCAUUUUAUGCGUCCAAAACGCAUGCACUCAGCCCCUAUUUCCCCGCCAGUGUAUACGACCGAUUGAUCCCUGAGCUGGUUCCUAAAUGGCCAAGCUUAUAUGAU